AUGACUAAAACUUCAGACAGAAAUGUGGAUGAGUGUGUGGAGUCGUCUGUGUCUCCCUGCCAGCAUCAGUGCUUUAACACACUCGGCUCAUUCCGCUGCAGCUGCCUGCCUGGAUACCAGCUGGUGGGACAUCGCUGCUUUAAUGUAGAUGAGUGUAAAGACGGCUGUCACAUGUGUCGCUACAGCCAAACCUGCCAAAACACACUUGGUGGAUAUGUGUGUGUGUGUCCAAGAGGCUACCGCUCUCAGGGUGUGGGCAUACCGUGUGUAGAUGUUGAUGAGUCCGUGAGUGCUGAAACGUACAUGGUAGUUUUCCGGUGUUUGUGUCCCCCGUGGACUUUCCUGCUGAUGAACGGCCACUCGUGUGCUGGACUCGAGAGAGGAAGUGUGUUUAGUAAUCGAACUUGGGUUCGAGCGGGACUUCAGCCCCAGUUGGUGUCCACAAGAGGUCAAACACUAACACUGCUACAGAACACGCAGCAGGGAGCACCAUGGAGCAACUUACACACCUGCCCUACUGGGUAUACAAGCAAAGCCGGUAGCUGUGUGGGGUAUCAGCUGAUGUCCAACGGUCAAACAUGCAGAGAUAUUGAUGAAUGCCUUGAGCACAGUGUGCAGUGUGGACCAAACCAAAUGUGCUUUAACACGAGGGGGAGUUAUCAGUGUUUGGACACUGCAUGUCCUGGCAGCUAUCACAGAGGAGGUCCAGGACUGUGCUACAAGCCAUGUUCUCAUGGGUGUGCUGCGGGAUCGUCUCUCCUCCUUCAGUAUAAACUCAUCACAAUCCUCUGGGAAUUCCAGCUCAACACAACGUCAUCCGACUGUCAGCAUUUUCCGAGUCUGGUGUUCUUCAGGAGAGAACAUUAUUCACCACUCGCCCUUUAAAUCAGUCUGGUCUAGUGAAGCUGAAGGUCCAAGCAACCACGCACAACCAGCAAGGACAAAUCACUUACCAGAGUUUAUUCAUUAUCUACAUCUCAAUUUCUGCUUAUCCAUUCUGAUCCCUCUAUCUCCAGUUAUUCACACGUAUCCCUCCACCUUCACUCGUCCACCAACAUCAUUAGUUAGCGUUUUAUCUUAUCAAAACUGAUUUAAUUUUUUUUUAAAUAUUCUUUAUUGGUUGAAUAUUUUUCCGAUUCUUUGUUAUUAUAAGAUUGUUUGUCAGAAUUACAAUAGGUGUUUAAAUGUUCACCUCUCAGUGCUCUGUGAUGUUUUUCAGUGUGGAUUAAUGUGUGUAUGAUUCAGAUUUAAACACCUCAGUGUCACUGCUGGUUGAAAAACUGAGCUGCAGCAGUAAGAGGUGUGUAAUAAAGAGCAAGUGUGUUUUAAAGCUUAGCCGCUUCACUUUAACGCACAGACUUAAUGUAAUCAGGCAGGAAGGAAUUUUUUUUAUACAAAAUACAUACAUUGGUCAGAUAGAGCAAGUAAACUAGUUGUUAUUAUUAAUAUUAGACAGUUCUUAACCCAGCGGCACAGUGGUGUAGUGGUUAGCACUGUCACCUUGCACAUCCAGGGUCCGGGUUCGAUUCCCGGCCAGGCUCAAUUCCCGUCUCUGUGUGCAUGGAGUUUGCAUGUUCUCCUCGUGCUUGGUGGGUUUCCUCUGGAUAUUCCGGUUUCCUCCCGCAGUCCAAAGAUAUGCAGGUUAGGCUAAUUGGUGUUUCCAAAUUGUGUAGAGUGUGUGUAUGUGUGUGUGCCCUGUGAUGGAUUGGCACCCUGUCCAGGGUGUACCCUGCCUCGUGCCCCAAGCCUCCUGGGA